AUGGCCUCCCGAUACGCCUUCACCACCGGCCUCAAGGAGCUCCGGUUCCUCUUCUGCCACUCCUCUGCACACGGCGAUGCCACCAGAGCGUUUCUUAAACGAGCAUACCCCACCAUGAAGAAGAACAAUCCAUCUGUACCGAUAUUGAUACGGGAGGCACUUGAUGUCGAGCCACGGGUAUUUGCCAGAUACGAAUUCGGAAAGGAGAAGCAGGAAACUCUCUUGGGCUUGAGCGAUAAGGAGAUAGAGCAGAAGGUUACUACCCUUGUGAAGGAAGGACUGCCUCAGCAAUCGUGA